ACAUGCUCAGAGGCUUUCACAUCUCGUCUCGCAUCUACGUUAUCUUAUUUCAUUACAAAUGAUCUUCUGUUGGUCGGUUUGGUCAGUUGUUCUCCGUUUCUCCUCUGACGCACAAUGUCUCGGACUCAAGACCAAGCGACUGCGCAUUAUGAGAGAAAAAAGACAAAAAAUCAGAGAAAACGAAGCUUUAUUGGCAGUUCGAGGGAAGAUAAUAGCUCAGAAGAGAAACAUCAGCUGAAGAGUUUCGAUGACAAUGAGGAUGAAAACGAAGAGGAAAGACGAGACAUCCAGCUUCCAUCCAGACACAAGACGGCGGAGGACGACAAGGAGAGAACGGCUGCUGUAAGAUUGCAACAAACAGGGGGCGCAGUUUUUAAACAAGAUGAAAAAAUCGAAAUAGAGGCUGAGAAGACGCAGAGACUUAUCUACCGAAUAACAGAAGCACCGCCUCCUCAUCUCACCCUCUUCUUCGCCCUGCAGCAAAGCCUUCUGGCAGUUUCGACUUCGUUGACCGUGUCCCUGCUGGUGUCAGAGUUCAUCUGUGCCCGCGACAACAACGAUGUCAAGACACGCGUCACUAGCGCCACCUUCCUGAUGGCAGGACUUUCCACCUUCACCAUGAGCACCUUUGGGGUCAGGUUGCCGAUAUUCCAAGGACCAGCCGUGACCUACGCCGUGCCAUUGUUUGCUCUGGCCAACCUACCUGAGUGGCAGUGUCCUUCGCAAAAGGAUUUAGAACUCUACUACAGAAACUCAUCGACUAACUUCACUGACCUGGACGGAGAUUAUCCUGUUCCCCAAGAAUGGAUUGAUCAUAAGAUUCAGCUACUGUCUGGAAGCUUGAUGGCAGCAGGCGCCUUUCACUUCCUGGCCGGCAUCACUGGGAUGGUCGGCUUCAUCAUGCGCUUCGUCGGUCCCAUCACCAUCGUGCCUUCUAUUACCCUCAUAGGCCUUCUCGUCUACAAGGUCGCCCUCCGAUUCGCUCAGACCCAGUGGGGGGUCGCUGCUCUGACCUCCAUGAGUGCCAUAGUCUUCGCCUUCUACUUUAGCAGACGAUCGACUCCAAUCCCAGCCUGGAACCGACGGCGAGGAUUCCACAUCAUGUGGUAUCCACUUCAUCAAGUCUUUGCAAUUCUCAUCGCCAUCAUCAUCGGCUGGUGUGUCAGCGCCAUCUUGACGUACUCUGACGUGUUGUCGACUGACAAGAACAACGUCGAGUCCUACUGCCGCACCGACACGAGGGUGAACCUCAUCACGGAAGCCAAGUGGAUCUCCUUCCCCUACCCAGGGCAGUUUGGGAUGCCAUCGUUCCACAUCGGUGUCUUCGUCAGCUUCAUCAUCGCCACCAUCUUGUCCAUCCUUGACUCCCUCGGUGACUACAGCGCAUGCGCAAGAGCGUGCUACGUCCCGCAGCCCCCGGCGUACGCCUUCAACCGGGGCAUCGCCGUGGAGGGGUUGAUGACUGUGCUGAGCGGGGCCACUGGAGCGUGUCACGCGACUGUGUCCUUUGGGGGCAACAUCGGUGCCAUCGGGCUCACUAAGGUGGCGUCGAGGAGAGUGUUCCAGGUGGUGGGAGUGAUGUACAUCGUCUUCGCGGUUAUCAACAAGCUGGGCGCUGUCUUCUUAACCAUUCCUCACUGCGUGUUGGGCGGCAUUCAAAUCAUCACUUCCGGCAUCUUCAUCGGUGUCGUCUUGUCCAACCUGCAGUACGUUGACCUGCGCUCCACAAGGAACACAGCCAUCAUCGGUAUCUCGCUGCUCGUGGGCCUUAUGCUACCCUACUGGGUGGAGAAGAACCCCACGGCCAUCAAAACAGGCAACAGCGAUGCAGACAGGCUCAUUGGCAUCAUGCUGACUAACCCUGUCUUCGUGGGAGGAUGUCUGGCUUGUUUCUUUGACAACACUAUUCCAGGCACACUAGAACAACGAGGGCUGGCAAAGAAGAAAGAAGGUGCGACAUCAGAAAAGAAAGCCGCCGGGGCUGCUGAGAGUGAGUUUGAGAAUGGCCUCGAGGUGUACACCAUGCCUUGGCUGCCUGCCUACAUCCAGGAAUCUUCCCUGGCCAAGUAUCUGAGGAUCUUCCCCGGCAAGGAGCCGGUUCAGUCCAUGGCACACGGGCCGGUGAUGACCAUGUGAUCAAAAUGAUGUUCAGAAAUAUCGGCUGCUCACAAUGUUUUUGAAGUCAAUUUAGCGCAUGCGUAUUUCUUGUUUCGGGGUGCAGCACGUUUUGUUUGUUGAGCUUUCUUCAACAAUCAUAAAGCAAUGCAACAGUUUCAGAGCUAUCUGUACAAAUGACAUCACAUUAAAAACAAUAAUAAUAAUUAUGUCCAGAACUGGGAAGUGAGCUAACAGCCAGUGCAGGUGUCUAAGGUGCAACAUCUGAACCUACAUCACCUUAGUGCAAACGGCAAGGAGUAUUAGUUGUGGAUGAGGAUUAAAAAAAAUUGUAUCACUAGCCUGGAACGCUUCUACUUUUUAGUAUUAGGCUGGAGAGUAAAGGACCUUCCUCGACAAAUAAAUCUUGUUAAAUGUGUUAUGUUUAGCCACACUUACAUGACUUAAAAAUGUAUUACGAAACAUUUGUCUCGAGAAAGCCUUUAAAAACCUUGAACACCUAUAGUCCUCUAUGGGGCGCCAACUUAAGAACUGCAUUUUUAGACAAAGGACCCAUUGUCAAAACAACAAUCAAAAGUUUCCAAAGUCACCGACCAAUAAAUAAAUGUAUUCGUGUGACAAAAUACAGCUGGGUGAUGCUUGAAGUUAGGGAUAGGAUUUUCUAACAAAUUUCGUUUGCAAAAUUGCUGUAUCAUGCUUAAUGUAUGCACCUCCGGCACAGCAAGGGGGUCUAAAUUAGUUAUAAAUAUUUUAGACUGUUAAUAGUUCUAGGGAUCAAUCAGGGCUACUUCAUCUAUUGGCUCUUAUUCAGGGUCGUUGUACACGGAAAUGUAUUAUCGCCUUUGUUCAUAUGCACGUUUCACCGAUUUGCCUUCAAAUAUGUUAUCAUAUACACAGCAAAACCCGACAUGAGAUUUGGCCACAAAUUUCAUGAAUAAAGAAAGGAAGUCAUUUUGCAUUAACAUAAAUCUUUUCACAUUUAUCAAUAUCUCAGCUUCCUUUUAAAGACAAUUUUAUGAGUCCAUGAAAUCUGAGGAUAAUAGUCCACGAAACAUGGUCCUUUUGUUGUCAGCAGUUUCUACGUCUGAUUACUUACCGAACAGCAAAGCACAGAAACUUGGCAAAUUCUGGUCUUCUGUCAGAUAUUUUUUUCUAAAGUUACAAGCUGUCCUAUAGAAUGUUAUAUAAGUAAUGUGUAUCUUAUCCAUUUGUGAGCCAGAGGUGGUCUUUGACAUUUCGUUCUGAAUUUUUAUUUAAAGAGGUUGAUUUAUUAGUUUGGAGGAGGAGAAGGAAGUUAAAUGUUGACAAAUGUCUUCAUUCAAUGAGUUAGGCUGAGAGUGUUGCAUAACCAAACGCCACAGGUGUCAAAAGAAAAAAAACUGUUUUCGUUUCCCGCGAAAGGUUUUAGUUAUUCGUCAUACUACAGUUAAAAGAUGUAAAGGUGUGCAGACUUCGUUUUUUUAACUGCUGUGACAAUUUUUCUAGAUUACAAAACACUGUAAAUGGCAAAGAGACGAUGAAAGACAGCCAGACUAUUAUGAAAAAGAAAAACUGUGAUUUUAUCAAAUAGUAACUGACGACAGUUAUAAAACAUAUAAUAUAAACGAAAUUCUGGCUGACCCGAGAACUGUAAAGCUAAGUGCUUUUAAGGCCCCAACAUGGCUAAGCAGCCUUUCUUUAAAUUGUAUACUCUAUUUAGUGAAUAGUUGUUGCUCCGAAUGAAUGACUAGUGCAUGAAAAGAAAAGGAAAAAAAUUACUGGUAGCGUUAAUUUAUGUAUUAAUGUAGUGGAAUAUUGGAGAAUGGAUAGAUGUAGUUUUAAAGUUCACGUGUACGCAGUUGGUCAAAUCAAUACCUCAAAGAUGAACUAGAUUAUAUGUAUACUAAUUUAAAUGAUUUGUUAAAUUAUUAUAGUUUGAAGUUCUAAACUGUUGUAAAAUAUUAAUAAAAUAUUGAAAAUAAAAAUGAAAGCCUAUGACAUGUUGUCUA